AUGGAGUCGAGAAGAUCAGAGAAUCCGCCACGUGUCCAGCCAUGGACAGAAGAAGACACAUCAAACUUAUCUCCACUUUCUUUUGUCCCUCAACAAGGGUCAAAGGAAGAAGAUAUGAUUGACAAGUUGCCAGGCCAACCACAAGUCGAUUUUGAUCAUUAUUCAGGCUAUGUAACAAUCGAUUCAAAGGCGGGAAAGGCAUUGUUUUAUUACUUUGUUGAAUCACCUCACAACUCUUCAACCAAACCCCUUGUUCUAUGGCUCAACGGAGGGCCAGGAUGCUCGUCGUUUGGAUACGGAGCCAUGGAAGAACUUGGACCCUUCCGAGUCAACAGUGAUGGAAAAACACUCUACCGCAAUGAUUACGCAUGGAACAACGGUAACCAAAAAAAAUCUUCACUCUUUCUAGGGAUACUCCAGAUGAGAAGGGUGUUCAGGUCUAAUAUACUGGCUAAUGUGCUAUUCUUGGAGUCGCCUGCUGGAGUGGGGUUCUCGUAUUCAAACACAUCGUACGCGACAGGGGACAAGCAAACAGCUAAAGACUCGUACACUUUUCUCAUCAACUGGCUAGAAAGAUUCCCCGAAUACAAAACCCGAGAUUUCUUUAUUACAGGUGAAAGCUACGCAGGUCACUACGUACCCCAGCUUGCUUCUCUCAUUCUCUCAGAAAACAAGAAAACUAACGGAACAAUCAUUAAUCUUCGUGGGAUUGCGAUUGGGAAUGCUGUGAUAGAUGACAAUGCAACUGAUGAAGGGAUGUAUGAUUACUACUGGACACAUGCUCUAAACUCUGAUGAGACAAAUGCAGGGAUCAACGAGUAUUGUGGCUAUGGUUCUGGGAAUUUCUCAGCAAAGUGUUUUCAUUAUCAAAGCCAAUCAGGUAGUGAAUAUGGUGAGAUUGAUAUUUACAACAUCUAUGCCCCAUUUUGUGAUGGAAGUAUCCAGAAACCUGCCACUGGAUCUGUCAAGAACUUUGAUCCUUGCUCUGAUGAUUAUGUCUCCUCAUAUCUGAAUCUAGCAGAAGUUCAAGAAGCUCUUCAUGCCCGAAAUACCUCAUGGGGAUUUUGCACUGGUAUUGGAAUGAUAGACAGCCCAACAACCAUUUUGCCUACUAUCACUCAACUUAUUGAAAAUGGAAUUAGUGUCUGGAUAUACAGGUAA